UGGUUACAGCGGGAGAUGCAAUUUGUUAAAGUUCUAGUUACCAAUAUUCUUAGAUUGCUUCAUAGGCAACAUCAGCAUUUUCUGGUGUGACACAUGAGUUGUGCUAUAGAUUCGUCGCUGAAAUAUAGAUAAUCUGGACAUACUUGGCGGAGACUUUGUUUCAGGAACCAAACUACGGUACUACACCUACAGUCAUGAUCAAGACGAUCGAACGUGCGGAGCUGAAUUAGAACCCCACAAGUACUUAGCAAACCAUGACAGUUGUGUUUGGUGAAGAGCAUUUGUUGAUGUAAAAGUGUCCCACACGUUUCCUUAAAAAACCCUCAUACAUCCUAUUCUUAAUUACCAAAAUAACGGGAAACUAAAACGACUUUAUUUUAGACUAAAAGGAUAUAUUUCAAUCAAUGGAAUUUCCAGAAGAUGGAGUGUUCCUGCAUCAGUUGCAGUCCCAUUUGUUUGAUCCUAAACUCAGUGAAGGACGGGUGUCUGAGAAAGCUGACCUUACACGGAAUAUCAUAGCAAACCUGAAGCUGGCAGCUGAUGCUAACAUAUUAUCUACAGAUAGUGCAGAACAUCUGAUAGGACCAUUUGAACAUUCCUAUACUUCCAUGAUUGACUCCCUGGAUACCACAACAGGAUUGAACAACUUUGCAGAAGGUGCUUUAACCUUAUGUUCCUCUCAUAAAAAUGAAAGCAACAAAUGGAAAACAUCACUUACAUUGGAAAAACUUAAAGGGAUGAAAUGUGUUCAAGAUGUGAUGAAGAAAAGCCAGAGACAUGCAGAUAUGUUGGUGCCUCCAUCUCACAGGAAUGCCAUCCUAUUCUCCCGGACUGUGAAAAAUGUAACAGAAUCUAAGUCUGGACUGGACUCUGGUCAGAACAGCAAUUUCAGACAUCAUGGCACAGGUCAUUUAGAGACUGCUAUCAGUACGGACCAUAUAGGCGCCAAACACCAAGGACUCAACAGUAACUGUUUAAAUACAACAGACCAAACCAACUGGUCAAAUACAAACACAAGACAACAGAGUAACAACUGUCCAUUUGAUAAAAGUGAUGCACAGUUUGCAAGGCCUGGGAAUAGAAAACCACUGUUUGCAAGCAAUGAUGGUGGUGGUGCAUAUAGUCAGUUUGGAGGAGCACCAGGACAUUCUGGUGGUCAGUUUGGAGGAGCACCAGGAUAUUCUGGUGGUCAGUUUGGAGGAAAAGCAGGACAUUCUGGUGGUCAGUUUGGAGGAGCACCAGGACAUUCUGGUGGUCAGUUUGGAGGAAAAGCAGAACAUUCUGGUGGUCAGUUUGGAGGAAAACCAGGACAAUUUUACAGUCAUCAGAAAUCAUGGAAAGGGGGACAGGGUGGAGGCAUAAAGAGGCCGUUGAAUGAAAAUGAAGAAGACAAUUCAGACUAUCACCAAGAGGCUCCUGCUGCAACUGGGGGAGCCUUCAGAACAGCUCGGGAGCAGCUAAAACUAGAGAACCAGAAGAAAUAUGGUGGAGGAGGUGGUGGUGGCACAGUUUCAACAGCAUCCUAUGGUAGUACUAAGAAGUCCCUCGGCACACGGAGAGCUGGUCCCAGUGGCAAGUUUGUUCCUCCAGUCAUUAACAGGGAGGAAGACAAUGGGCCUGACGUAAACAUGAACAAGGUUCAGAAGUCAGUAUUUGGAAAAGGAACCUCUCCAUCAUCUGCCUCUUCUGAUGAACCAGAGGAUGAACGACUCAAGGGGAUUGAACCAAAGAUGAUUGAGCUGGUGAUGAAUGAGAUUAUGGACAAUGGCCCACAGAUGACUUGGAGUGACAUUGCUGGCCUAGAAUUUGCCAAGAAAUGUAUUAAGGAGAUUGUAGUAUGGCCAAUGUUACGACCUGACAUAUUCAAAGGCCUGAGGGGACCACCUAAAGGUUUGCUCCUGUUUGGUCCUCCAGGGACUGGUAAAACACUGAUAGGAAAAUGUAUUGCCAGUCAAUCAAAGUCUACAUUCUUCAGCAUCAGUGCAUCAUCCCUGACUUCAAAAUGGGUAGGGGAGGGAGAGAAGAUGGUACGAGCCCUCUUCGCUGUGGCCCGCUGUCAUCAGCCUGCUGUGGUGUUCAUUGAUGAAAUUGACUCCCUUUUGUCCCAGAGAUCAGAUGGAGAACAUGAGGCAUCUAGGAGAAUCAAAACAGAAUUCCUUGUACAAUUGGAUGGUGCUGCGACUUCCUCAGAUGACAGAAUUCUUGUGAUAGGAGCCACCAAUAGACCACAGGAGAUUGAUGAGGCGGCAAGGAGGAGGUUUGUGAAAAGACUAUAUAUCCCCCUCCCUGAAGCCCAGGCCAGGCAGCACAUUGUCCUCAAUCUACUAGCUCAGCAGCGGUACCAUCUCACAGAGAAUGAACUCAAGGUUAUCCAAGAUAAAUCUCAAGGCUACUCCGGUGCUGAUAUGGCGAGUCUGUGUAGAGAGGCAGCUAUGGGACCCAUCAGAAGCAUGUCCUUUGGUGACAUAGAGAGUAUAUCUGCUGACGAGGUGCGCCCAAUCAUUUUUUGUGACUUUGAAGAAGCUUUCCUGCAAGUAAAAGCCAGUGUAUCAGACAAAGAUUUGGAUUUAUAUAUAAAAUGGAAUACAAUGUAUGGAAGUGUGGGUGUAGGAAGGUAACCAAGGGAAGGUAACC